CAAACGCCAACAAGACGCCCACCAUUUCGGCGUCGUUCGCUGCUGCCGUGCUGCCGCCACAGAUGCCCAGCAGUGACGCGGUCUCCGGCUCGGCUGUGUUCUCGGGGAGUGAUCUCACCAAGAUUGGCGGCUCAGAGGAGGACAAGAUCAAGCACAUGAUGAGUCAGUCGACCAGCCAGUACGACCCUUCCAGAUACGUCAAGUACAAGGGCGCCCAUUUGCUGACGCCGGCGCCCUCCAGCCACAAGUGCUACCGCUGCUUCAACUUCGGCCACUACGCACAAAACUGUCCGCUCGCGGCGGCGGAGGUCAAGAAGGCCACCGGCAUCCCGCGCAGUUUCAUGGUGCCCGUCAACGACCCCAAGAUGCCGGGCGCCAUGAUAGCGCCCGACGGCAGUCUGGCUGUACACAGGGUCGACUACUCCACGUACAAGGAUAAACAGCAGGGUCGGAUGGACACGCCGCCUCCGAGCACGCGUCCCCAGGUGCCCGACGACCUCUGCUGCAAGGUCUGCAAGGACCUGAUCCGCGAGGCCGUCAUGUCGCCGUGCUGCGGCGAAAACUUCUGCGACGAAUGUCUGCGCACGGCGCUGGUCGAGUCGGAGAACAGCGAAUGCCCCGAGUGCCACCAGACGGACGUCUCGCCGGAUAACAUCAUCCCCAACAGAUUCAUCCGGAAACGCGUCGUCAAGUUCGAAAAGGAGACUGACUACUGGGAGGUGGCGGCCCGGGAGCGGGAGGCGGCCGCCGCGGUCGCCGCCGCCUUCCAGACGCCGCCAAAAGAGCCGAUUCAGGCGUCGCCGGUGAGACAGUCUCAGCCGCGCUCUCCGUCUCCGUCUCCGGCGUCUCCGCCGCCGCCGCCGCCGCUGCCAGAGAAGGUCCGAGACCGCGAGAGGGAGCGAGUCGCCUCGCCGGCCGGCGGCAGCCCGCAGCGGCCGGCCUCGCCGCCCCCGGCGCGCCGGCCGCCGGCGCGUGCCGCCGCUCUCUCGCCGCCUCCGCACCGCUCGACACGAUCUCCUCGCUCAGACGCCUCCUGCGCCGACGCCGAGCUGGAGCUCAUCUCCCCGUCCCGCAUCCUGUCCGGCUCCUGUGACUCCUGUCCGCCGUCGCCGGCCGGCGCCGCCCGGUCGCCGCCGCCUGCUGCCGCCGCCACGGCGUCCUGUGAGUACCGGUGGCCGCCCGCGGUGGCCGGCCCGCCGGCGCGGUCGCCCGGCGCCACCUGCCGACCGGCCGGCCGGCCGCUCUGUGAGCCGUACCGUAUGUGUGUGCACGCCUAGCGCCGGCCACUGAGGCCGGUGGCAUCUCUGGUGCCGAGCUCGUAGAUGUAGAUGAAUAUGUGUCUUGCUCGUUGCUGAUUUGAGAGCGUCGAUUGAAAUGUGUGGAUUCCUUGCCGCUGUGAUAUAAUCGUAAUCCGUCUGUGAUAGGGGGAUAUAGUCCUGUGAUAGAGGGGUCGGCAGUGCCGACUGGCUGUGGCUGGCGGGCGCCGAGAUGUGCACCGAUCAGAGCCAAUAAACGUCUGGGUGUGA